UACAGUCCCCGGCAUGCCCCGCGGCGGCCGAGGGGACACGUGACCGCGCCUCUCCCCCGUGAGGCGGUCACAUGACUAGGGGGAAAUGGCUGCGUUGACGGCGGACAACUUUGGGGCGCUCCAGAGCCUGUUGAAGGCUUCCUCAAAAGAUGUUGUCAGACAGCUGUGCCAAGAGAGCUUCUCCAGUUCAGCCCUCGGCUCGAAAGAACUCUUGGAUAUCACGUGUUCCAGCUUGUCUGUGACUCAGGAGGAGGCAGAGCAACUGCUCCAGGCCCUGCACCGCCUCACCAGGCUGGCGGCGUUCCGGGACCUGUCCUCCGCCGAGGCCGUGCUGGCUCUCUUUCCUGCCAAUUUCCACCAGAACCUCAAAAACCUGCUGACAAAAAUCAUCCUAGAAAACAUAUCUACGUGGAGAGCAGAAGCCCAAGCUGACCUGAUCUCUCUUCCACGCCUGGUGGACCUGGACUGGAGAGUGGACAUCAAAACCGCCUCCGACAGCAUCAGCCGCAUGGUGGUCCCCACCUGCCUGCUCCAGAUGAAGAUCAAGGAAGAUCCCAGGCUGUGCAGGGACAGCCCCUCCGUCUCAGCUGUCACCAUGGAGCUGAGCAAGGAAACGCUGGACACUAUGUUAGACGGGCUGGGCCGCAUCCGGGACCAGCUUUCUGCCGUGGCCAACAAAUGACACCACCAGCCACCGGCCCCACUGCCACGCCCCGGCUGCUGCCAGAGAUGGAGCAUCUCCUGACUCGACUGACACCAGCGGGCUGCCCUGGUGGCAGCAGCUGCAGACGGGCCAGGCGGGCUGGGGGACAGAGGGGGCUGCCAUCCGAAGGUGCAGCUGGACUGGAGGACGCAGCCACGUCCCACACUGUUCUCCUCACUCAUCUUCCUCUUCCCAGGCUGGUGGGCAGAAGCCUCCACCUUGAAAGGCUCCUGCGUGCACCUGAGUAACCGCUGUGGCCGUGUGGGGGCACAUGAGCCUGUCAGCGGCCCUGUGGCCGCUUGAACAUUCAGGCCCCGUUGGGGAGCUCUCUAGUAAGUUCCUCUCCAGCACCAGCUCUGAUGAGCGCAUUCCCAGCCCUGGGACACAUGGAAGGGAUCGGUGGCGGGUGCCAGCGGCUCCUGCUUCUCUGUCCGAGAGGCCAGGCGGACCCCACAGAGCAGGGUCCCGGCAGUGUGGCCCCCUGCCCCGAAGCCAGAGCCUCCUGUCGGCGCAGGAGGUCUGAAAUGGGGGCUGAUUCUCUUCGCGAAGCUGGGGCCCAUCCUUGGAUCAUGCAGCCCCUCCAGGGUGGUGAGUGGGAGUGAUGGGAAUAAACAGUUCUGAAAACCUCUGA